AUGGCGAUGCUAAUGACGGAGCUUUUAGUCGACACAGGGAGUGGCCUAACCUGGGUCCAAUCACUACCUUGUGACUCCUGCUACAAUCAAGGUGAUUUCCCAUAUUAUGACCGUGCUGCUUCAAAGACCUUCGACCCUAUCUAUUGUCAAGAUGAAACCUGUGUCAUUGGUACAGAGACUUUUUACUUUCAAGAUUCAUCGUCGUCGUCGUCGUCGUCUUUGCUGGAGUUGGUACCCUUUGGUGUAGGAACGUCGAAUCAAAUCCCCGAAUCCUUCAAGGGAGAAUCUCCAGGAGUGGCAGGCUUCAUGCGCGGCUAUGGAACAUUACUCAAUAAGUUAGGAGUUAACAAAUUCUCUCAUUGUUUCCCUCGCGAUGAGGCUGACACCGGUAUAUUAAGUUUUGGCGAAGAAGCCAAAAUUGCAGGGGUUAAAUUGGCCUUAAAUGAGCGAUCAUUAAACUACCAGGCUUCCUUAACGAAUGUUUAUGUAUCAGGAGUACGGAUGGUUGUCAAGUAUAAAGAUGUAUUGCCUGCGAAUAUGGUGUUUGACACGGGUUCAUCUGUGUCUCAUCUAUCUCCACAGUUAUUGGACGCGGUUGUGGAAGCGGUCAAGAGUGCUUUAAGGAAGUACAAACCUCUGAAAUUGGAUGGUAACGAGCUUUGCUAUAACAUGAUCGAUUUAACUUCUGUUAAUAUGGAUGAGGUUGCCAAGGUUACUUUGGAGUUUAACUACUAUACCAGGAUUGAUCUCUUCUCUUAUCAUCUAUGGAUUCGAGAUGACCAAAUUAAUUUGGUUUGCUUAGGAUUUGUUACAACAGGUAAAGAUGUUAAUAUAUUUGGUAACAAUCUAAUGAGGGAGAUGAAUGUAGGAUAUACACUUGACGAAGAUGAUCUUGCCAUGUAUUUUAAUCAUCAACAUUGUUCCAUUUGA